AUGACUGCACUCAUCGAAGACCCCUGGAAGGAGCCAGUCACUGCCCUGUUUGCCGGCAUUGGCAUCCUCUACAUCACUCUGAAAAUCUUCAGCUUCUGGAGAUUGAUUGCUAGUCUGUUCAUCCUACCUGGUACCUCCCUCUCUAAGUUCGGUCGUAAGGGAAGUUGGGCUGUCGUGACUGGUGCUUCUGAUGGUAUCGGCAAGGAGUAUGCCUUGCAGCUUGCAGCAAAGGGCUUCAACAUUGUUCUGGUCUCCCGUACCCAGUCGAAGCUCGAGACUCUUGCCUCCGAGAUCCAGUCCAAGUACGCUGGUGUUCAGACCAAGACUCUUGCUAUGGAUUUCUCUCAGAGCUUGGAUUCCGAUUUCCAAGCUUUGAAGGCCCUGGUCUCUGAUCUGGAAGUCUCCAUCCUUAUCAACAAUGUUGGUCUGAGCCACGAAAUGCCCGUUCCUUUCGUUCAGACUCCUGAGAAGGAGCUCAAGGACAUCAUCACCAUCAACUGCAUGGGCACCCUUCGUGUUACUCAAAUCGUUGCACCUGGUAUGGUACAGCGCCGUCGCGGUCUGAUUCUCACUAUGGCUUCCUUUGGUGGCAUUCUUCCUACUCCUCUCCUGGCUACCUACUCCGGCAGUAAAGCUUUCCUUCAGCAAUGGAGCAGUGCUCUAGGCUCCGAAUUGAAGCCUCACGGCGUUCACGUGCAGCUUGUUCAGUCCUACCUCGUCACUUCGGCAAUGUCCAAGAUCAAGCGUGCCAGCGCUACCAUCCCCAACCCCAAGCAAUUUGUUAGAGCUGCUUUGGGUAAGAUUGGCCGCUCUGGCGGUGCCCAGGGUAUUGCAUACACCAGCACUCCUUACUGGAGCCAUGGUAUCAUGCACUGGGCACUCGGCACCUUCACUGGCACCAUGAACUCGAUUGUCCUGGACCAGAACAAGAGUAUGCACGAAAGCAUCCGCAAGCGUGCUCUGAGAAAGCUCGAGAGAGAUGGCAAGAAGGGACAGUAA